AUGAAAACAGCCGACUUCGAAUUCAGCCUCGACCCCAAGGUCAUGCCACACGAUCCUGUCGAACUCCGCGGCGGAGCUCGUGACAGCGGAAGAAUGGUUGUCCUAGAUCGCUCCCUCUCAAGAAUUGAGCAUACGAAGUUCUCCAACAUAGCAGAUCACUUCCACCCAGGAGACCUUCUCGUGCUGAACGACAGCUACAUACUCUCGAACACGUUGUGGUUCCAGUACGGCAAAAGCUCCCUUCAGGUAACUGUUUAUGGCCAUGAGCCAGACAGCACAACUAUUGUCAAACUCCAGGCUUCCGAGCAACUUGAAUUAUUCGAGCCAGGCCGGACCAUGGUAUCUCUAAAUAAUGACCAGCUUAGCUGCUCUCUCCUCGAACGCCAAUCAGACGGGCUCUGGAAGGCUCAGUUUAACCCUCCUGAGCUGCUGCUUCAAGUGCUCGACCAGUACGGAGCGCGGGUAGACGAGACAAUUCACCUCAACCCAGCAUAUUGGAAAGAAACCCCAGAAGCCUACCGCUCUGUGUAUGCAAAAACACCAGGUUCAUUGGAUAUUCCUUCCGCCGGCCUCCAUUUUUCUCGUGAACUCCUGGCUCACAUCUCUGCCAAGGGUGUCGAGAUUGCCUACAUUACAUUGCAUGUUGGGGUGACUGAGACACUGGCCAUUCGGCAUAUUAGCGCAGAGGAGAUUGAGAACCACAAGGUGGGGUCUGAGUACUUUGACGUUAGCCAGAGAACCGCAGCACAGUUGAAUCGUGCGCGCGCCGAAGGCCGUCGUGUCAUUGCGGUCGGAACAACCGUGAUGCGGACGCUUGAGACGAUUACACAUGACAUGGGGCGCAAAGCUGCUAUCAAGCCACAGGAGGGAUGGACAGAUCUCUAUAUUUACCCAGGAUUCAAAUUCAAUGCUGUCGAUGUGCUGCUAACCAACUUACAUCGACCGCGGUCUAGUCACAUUGUGCUUACCGCCGCUUUUGCCGGAACAGAUUUGGUUAUGCGUAGCUACGAUGAGAUAUCUAAGAUGGGAUGUUACGAAUUUGAUAUGUUCGGGGACUGUAUGCUUAUUAUGUAAGGGAGGGAUACAACAGCCGCUCAAACUGUCAAGUUAUAGGCUAG